GGGCCUGAACAGGCGGAAGUGACGCCAGCCACAUUCGGGCCCCUGUGCUGUGUCGCCGCGGCUCCUCCUCCCAGAGCGGCUGGCUUUUCCCGCGCGAGCCGCCUCUGCCGCUCGGGCCGCCCGCGGGGAAACAUGGCGUCUGCCUUGGAGCAGUUCGUGAACAGCGUCCGACAACUCUCGGCCCAAGGGCAAAUGACUCAGCUUUGUGAACUGAUCAACAAGAGUGGGGAGCUCCUUGCGAAGAAUUUAUCCCAUCUAGACACUGUGCUUGGGGCGCUGGAUGUACAAGAACACUCCUUGGGCGUCCUUGCGGUUUUGUUUGUGAAGUUUUCUAUGCCCAGUGUUCCUGACUUCGAAACAUUAUUCUCACAGGUUCAGCUUUUCAUCAGUACUUGUAAUGGGGAGCACAUCCGAUAUGCAACAGACACUUUUGCUGGACUUUGCCAUCAGCUAACAAACGCUCUUGUGGAAAGAAAGCAGCCCCUGCGAGGAAUUGGUAUCCUUAAGCAAGCCAUAGACAAGAUGCAGAUGAAUACAAACCAGCUGACCUCCAUACACGCUGAUCUCUGCCAGCUUUGUUUGCUGGCAAAAUGCUUUAAGCCUGCCCUUCCAUACCUUGAUGUGGACAUGAUGGAUAUCUGUAAAGAGAAUGGAGCCUAUGAUGCAAAACACUUUUUAUGUUACUAUUAUUAUGGAGGAAUGAUCUAUACUGGGCUGAAGAACUUUGAAAGAGCACUCUACUUUUAUGAACAGGCUAUAACUACUCCUGCUAUGGCGGUCAGUCAUAUCAUGUUGGAAUCAUAUAAAAAGUAUAUUCUAGUGUCUUUGAUAUUACUUGGGAAAGUACAACAGCUACCAAAAUAUACAUCUCAAAUUGUGGGUAGAUUUAUUAAGCCUCUCAGCAAUGCAUACCAUGAGCUAGCACAAGUUUACUCAACCAAUAACCCCUCAGAACUCCGGAACCUGGUCAACAAGCACAGUGAAACUUUCACACGCGAUAACAACAUGGGCCUGGUGAAGCAGUGCUUGUCUUCCCUCUAUAAGAAGAACAUUCAGAGGCUAACGAAGACAUUUUUAACGCUAUCAUUACAAGAUAUGGCAAGUCGUGUGCAGUUAUCUGGGCCUCAGGAGGCAGAAAAGUAUGUUCUACACAUGAUAGAAGAUGGUGAAAUUUUUGCAAGUAUUAACCAGAAGGACGGUAUGGUCAGUUUCCAUGAUAACCCUGAAAAAUACAAUAACCCAGCCAUGCUCCAUAACAUCGAUCAGGAGAUGCUGAAGUGCAUAGAGCUGGACGAGCGGCUGAAGGCCAUGGACCAGGAGAUCACAGUCAAUCCCCAGUUUGUGCAGAAGAGUAUGGGCUCACAAGAAGAUGAUUCAGGAAACAAACCCUCCAGCUAUUCUUGAAACUCACACCUACCCUGAGUGCAGCAGGAGAAGCGGUCACUUUGGUCGGCGGCCAGCGCGUGAGAGGAGGGCGGCAGGGAGCAGCGGCCUGUUCCACCUGGACGCUGAGAAACGCAAUUCUGUCCUGACAUCUUCAGUCCUAUGUGCUUUCAGAAAACCUCUCUGCAAAGAAAGGAAAAGAUUACAAACUUUAGGGUCUGUUGUGGAUUUAUUUAUCCUCAGAUUAUUGUUAUUGCAUUAAAUUUACCUUUUCGUUUUAGUCCUUGAA